GUAAAUUUGAGGAAAAUAUCAAUAUGGCGGAGGUUAGUCCGGGAUAAGAUUUUCUUAAAAUUUGAAGAAAUUGGUAAAUCAAGAUGGCACAUGAGAUACAUUUAAAGAACAACAAAUACCGGCAGUGGGUUAAGGCUGGCCUAGGCUUGGGUUAUCUUAAAGAGGGUCUUGCACCAUUUUGUGAUGACAUAGGAAAACAGCAGCACCACGAUAUUAUUAACCAAAUACAACAAACAAAGACUCCUCAACCAAAUGUACCAUGUGGCACCUGUCAGAUAACAACUCUCCAGCCAGAUCAUAUCCGAGUCUCCAAAGGGAUAUGUCCCCUCAAACAAGAUAAAUGUAACUGUUGUUUUCCUAAUAAUAAGAGACCCUGUCCAAACAAUGUAUGUGGUGCCAUCUAUGACAGCAUUAUACAGUAUCAUGCAUCAAUACCACCGGCACCUUUUUGGAAAAACAGUGAUGUCCAACAGUGGUCAACAAAACCGUGGGAGGUUUGCAAAUGUUUUAUAAAUGCUCCUGGGUACAAGGACAAGACAUCAGCAGUCGACACUGAUUGCACUGGGUUGCUUCAUGUUAUCAUAAAUAACAAGUACUUUCAUAGUCACAUUGGAUGCAAUGUUACAGGACCAAACAAUCUUUUUUCAAAGGUACGGCAGUAUCGAAACGAAAUUUUUCACUCUAGCUCUAUGGAGUUAGAGGAGAGCAAGGCUAAUUGUUAUAUCGAUGACAUGAUAGCUGUUCUACAAGAUGCUAAAGAACUUGUACAUCGACAAGAUGCACAACAAGCUGUCGGAAAACUUCAAGAUCUGAAGAGGAAGGAAUUUAUUAUUACCACUGAAAACUUUAAAGAAAUUCUGACUCAAAUCAAAGAAAAUGCUGCAACAAAAGAGGAAUAUGAGGAGCUCAAACAUAAAUUUUCUGAACUAAAAGCACAGAUGUCGGAAGCUGAGAAAGAACGUACAGAGUUGAAAAGAAAAUUUACUGUUCUUGAGACAAAGCAGAAAGAGGAGAUAAAAAAACUCAAGGUAGAAGAUUCUCCUCAACUAAAACAAUUACAAUAUGAAAAGGCUAAAUCAGAUUGUCGUACUCAAUUGAUGGAACAUUAUUGCAGUGAUGUACUUAAGGUAUCAGCAAUACCUUUACAACCAGAUGAGGAAAAUUAUAACUUCAGUGACAUUUAUAUAAGACCCACUAUAACAAGCAAGAUAGAAAAGAACAGAGGGGAGUCUGAGGAAAAAGAAAUAGAGUCCAUGUCAGAGAUUUUCACAAAGAACAGGGAACCACAGAAAUUUAUUUAUGUUGUUGGAGAUGCAGGGUCUGGUAAGAGUAGUUUCUGUAAAUAUUUGAUCAACUGUUGGUGUAUGGCACACAGUGAUGGACACAAUGAAGAUGAUGAGUUUGAAGGAGUCAAGGAAAUGAAGAAAUUUGAUUUUAUGUUUUAUAUUUCUCUUAGACAUAACAUAAAGAUCCGAAGUAUCCAAGAAAUGCUUGAAAUGCGAUAUGAUAAGAUAAAAAAUUUAACUAAACUUCUGGAAAAUGAUUCUAGAAAGAUAAUUAUUUUGCUUGAUGGUUUAGAUGAAUGGUCUUUUGACAGUGAGACUAGGAAUGAGUUCCAGGCAGGCCUUCCGGAACGUGACUUUACAAAGAAAUACACCAUUGUCACUACAUCACGGCCAUGGAAAAUUCACAGUUUGAGAGUAAGUAAUAGAGAGAUUCGUCAAUUAUUAAAAUUAAAAGGGUUUGAUGAAACACAUGAAAAAAAAUGAUUAGGAAAACAAUAACAGCAUUGAACGAAUCAUUAGAUCCUAAAGUGUGUGAACAAGAACUUGAGAUACCGUCUGUGGUUGGCCUGAAACAGGUACCAAUUAUGCUGCAGCAAUUGAUUUGUCUAUGGUG